GGACCCAUUUCAGAUGUAGGUAUAGUUCAAAACGGAAUAUCCUGAAAGGAUCUACCUUCGAAGAAAAACAAUUGGUUGAUCAAGAUGAAGAGCCUGUUCCUAGCAGUUUUGUUGGUAGCAGUAGCUUCAGCAGCUACUAUCAAUGAAGAAAUAGUUGACGACCCUAACUUGUUUGAAACGUCUGAGGAGUUUGACUUGAGCGAUGACCCUGAUGUCAGCAAUGAUCGUGACGUUGCUGACAUGACUGACGUCGCUGACGUGACCGAGGUUCCUGUCAGUGAGGUUACUUCUCCGAGUAUUGAUGCAGCCACGUGUUGCAGCCUAGGUGCUCGCAGUGGAAGACUCCUCGUCAGAUCCAACCAAGUGAGACACGGGAAGCCAAAUGUGACUUACAUUCAGAAUUUAACUUUCCGAACCGGUGCCCCUCGGAUUAAUGCUAUCCAGAUCAUACAUAUUGGUGCUAUGCAAGGCGCCAGUGCAUCCAUAGUCUCUGGAGGCCUGAACCGCAACCAUGUGACCAUCAGACUGCAGUCAGCUAGAGGACGCGGGUACAACUUCAGAAUCCUGAUCUACGGACGUUAAACUAGAAAUUACACAGUUUUAUGAGCAUUCGAUAUGGAUGUUAAAUGUACAAGUAAAGGGUGUUUGGUAAUUUAUAUUAAGUUAAGACAUUAAUAAAGCUAUUUUUAUAAACAA